ACCAAGGAAAAAGAAAAGCAGUCUCUUCCCAGAGAGAGAGAGAGAGAGAGAUAUAUAUGAAUGAUUGAUCUCAUACAUCCACCAUGACAUGUACGAGAAAUAGAAUCAAGGGCUCUAAGAUUCUUACUGUAAAUAAACUAGUGAACUGAGCAGCAGAAAAGAAGGUACAGGAUAAAAUUGUACUGCAGUAGCAGCAAGUGGGUGCACAUUUGACAUGUUAAAUAUGUGACCAUAAACAAGGAGAUCUGGGCAUAGCAGUUAAGUUCCAGCAGCCCUUCCCUGUUUCUGCUUAACUUCUCUCUUCUUCAUCUUCUUCUUGAAAGCGAGCAAGGGCGAUGGGAAGGGGGAAGGUGGAGCUCAAGAGGAUCGAGAACGUGACGUCCAGGCAGGUCACCUUCUCCAAGAGACGAAAUGGGCUGCUCAAGAAGGCCUUUGAGCUCUCCCUGCUCUGCGACGUCGAGGUCUCUCUCAUCAUCUUCUCGCCGUCCGGCAGGCUCUAUCAAGUAACUAGGACAAUCUCACGUUAUAGGAGUUCAAUAGGAAUGGCUGAAACCCAAGACCAGCAAGUAAGAAGAAUGGAGUAUUGGAAGGCAGAAAUGCAGCACUUGGAAAAGUCCUCAAAGUCCCUUGAAGAAGCGCAGAGGCACCUGAAUGGAGAGGACUUGUUGCCUCUUCGGAUGAAGGAACUAAAGAAGCUGGAACGCCAGCUGAAGAUUGGAGCCGAACGCGUUCGCUCUAGAAAGAGGAAAAUGAUAUUGGAGCAUGUCAACGUGCUGAAGACAAAGCAAAGGGCGUUGUUAGAUGAGAAUGGUCUUCUUCAAACCAGGCUGACUGAGAUAGAUGAAUGUCUAAGAGACAUUCCACAAUUGGAGAGGACAAAUUCGAAUGAAGAUACAACAACAACCGAAUCAUCAAGAGAUCAUUAGGCGAUGGGUCGCAUUAUGGAGGAUUGAAAUCAGGUGUGCUCAGACGUACACAAGAGCAAGGUGACUCUCGAGGGACGCUGUUGAUGGCUUGCGUUGGUGCUUCAACAGUACUUUAAGAUGUACAAAUUCAAACGGCAGUUACAGAUGCAUUAAGUUUCGGUUUUAGGUACUUAAUUUAUAAAGCCGUAGGGAAAUAUGAAUGUUUGCAACUUAGUAUCGUAAAAAUGAGAGAAACCAUGCAGAUUGCAAGUCAUGAGAUUAAUAAGUUGUUGCUUUAUAUGUUUGAUUGUUUUUUGUGAUUGGGCUUGAGAUUUGGUCCUCCAAUUAACAAAGUAUCUCAUAGCUUGAACGAUUCU